AUGUGUAAAUACGUGUGUUAUCGCGUGUCACUGUUCGCUUGGUAGUGAUGUGGAACUCCAAAAAAAUCAAACAAACAUCAUGGGAUUAUUAACAAAAAUUGUACCAUAUUUAUUAUUUAUAAUUUUUAUAAUAUUGUGUAAUAUUAUUUUACCAAGUACAUCAGCUAUAUCUGACAAAAGAUUGUGUUAUGAUCCCCAUUGUGAAGUUAUUGUGUCAGUGGCAAGGACAGUGACACCAUACUAUUCAAAUGAUCCUGAUAUACUGUCAUUUGAUGCCAAUGUUCAUGUAGAUGUCUUUAGUAAAAGUGCUGGAAUAAGAAAAGACUUAUGGGGUGUUAAGAUUAAUGGAAAAAGAGGAUAUGCACCAAUAAAAUUACUUCAUGAAAAAAAAGUAAUACAAAGAGAACUCCAACAUGAAGUUGACACUGAAUUAUCAACAAAUAAUGAAAUAAAUAGUAAUAAUGAUAAUGAAAAUAGUAAAGUUUUUCCAUCAUACGAAGUUAUUCAUGGUACAACUGUUUAUGAUGCUGUUGAAGAUGAAACAAAAAAAAAUAUUAAUUAUGCAACACAAGUACCAAAUGAUACAGCAACACAAGAAACACCAGUACUUACUGUUCAUCCAAAUCAAUUGAGUACUAGUGAGGCAACAGCAUUUCAAAGUAGCUCAUCAGUAGAAAAUAUUGAUUUGGAAAAUAAUAUAGUAACAACACCAACAAGUGUUUUAGAAGAUGUUGAACAAUCAACAAUCAAAGAAAAUUCAAUAGAUAAUUUGAUUGAUAAUAAACAACCAGUUGAAAAAUUAGAUAAUGUUGAACAAGUUGAAACAGAAGAAUUAAAUGUUGUGAUUGAAAAAAAUAAUACUGAUGUUGGUGUUGAUGAUAUUCAAAAUGAAGAUAUUAAUAAAGACGAAAAUAUUAUGGUUGAAAUGGAAAAAAAAAAUCCUGAUGAUGAAUUAUUAGAUAAUAGCAAAAAUGUAGAAGAAAUAAAUAAUGAUAUAGUUGAUAAAAAAAUUGAAGAAUCUGUGAUAGAAAUAUCUGAGACAUCUGAGGAUAUGGUUGCAAAUGCAUUCCAAAAAGUCUCAGCUCUUUUUGAUAGUUUUACAACAACCGAAACACCUCAAAUUGAACCUCAAGUUGAAAUUAAUGAACCAAUUGAUGACAAUAAAUUACUUGAGAAUAUUAUUGAAGUUAUAAAUGUAACAACAGAAAUACCUGUUCAAGAAAUCAUCAAUGAUGAUACUCAAAAUAAUGUUGUUACUGAAAUAAAUAAAACUGAAGAAUUUGAAAAUAAUAAUGAAUCAGUUGAUGUAGCUAGUGAAUUAAUUGAUAAUAAUAAUAAUGAUAAUAUAAUACAAGUAGCUGAAGAUAUUGUUAAUGAUAAUUCAACAAGUCAUGGGCAGCCUGACAUCUAUAAAACAGAUGAUUUAACAGGCCCUAGCCAAAAUGUUAUUGAAAGUAAAUUAAACAUCAAUGAAUUUCCAGGAAAUAGAAAUUUAUUGAAUGUUGGAGAUUUAAAUCAAAAUGAAGAUGUAUCAACAGAAAAUAUUGAAACAACAACUGAAACAUAUAUUUCUACUCCAAUUGAAGAAGUUCAACAAACUGUACAACCUACUCAAGAGUCUGAAAUAAAUAAUGACAAAAUUGUAGAGAUUGAAUCACCAGUUGUUGAUAUUGAAAUACCAGUUACAGAGAUGCCUACUGUAGAAGUACCAGUUACAGAAUUACCUAUUACAGAAGUACCUGUCACAGAAGAACCUAUUACAGAAGUACCUAUUACAGAAGUACCUAUCACAGAAACACCGAUUACACAAGUGCCUGUUAUAGAAGUACCUGUCACAGAAGUACCUACUACAGAAGUGCCUGUUUUAGAAGAAAUUGUAACUGAAAUUCCAUAUCAAGAUAUUGAUACAAUUGUUAAUGAAACAUCUUCAAUAAAUGAUGAAACUGAGAAUAUAAUUUAUCCGGUUGAAGAAGAAAUUAAAAUUAAACAACCAGAACGUUUGCCUCAACAUUUUUACGGUAAACAUGUUCAUCCAGAACAACCAGCUGAAAAGUCACAAAUAAAAAGUGAAUUUACAGUUGUUGAUGAUGACAUUGAAACAAUUGAUCCAAUAAAAUUUACAAAAAACUAUUGGGAAACAUUUUCAUACAUUGGUCUCACAGCUUUUACAACAUUAAUAUUUUCACUUGGUUAUUAUUACAUUGAAAAUACACGUCGUGAUGGACAACUUAUUGCUAAAAUAAAUAAGUUGGAACAAAAACUUAUUGUUGCUACCAAAGAAUGCAGUGACAUGGAUGAAAUUUUAAAGAAAACAACAAUCAAGCUUGAUGCUUUUGAAAGCAAAUCAUUUGAUUCAAAUGAAAUUGUUGCAUCGUUAAAAGCUGAUUUGGAAUCUGCAAAUCAAUCAAAAAUUGAACUGGAAGAUCAAGUAGCAGCUUUGGAAAAAGAUCUUGAAGUUGCAACUGAUUCUGGAUUAGAGCUUGAACGAAUGUUGCGUGAAUUUUUAGAAUCUAAAAAUACUGAAAAUCCAAUUACAAAAUCAGUUGAAGAUUUACAAACACGUCUGAAUGCUCAACAGGCAGCUAAUGAGUCUCUCACUAAUUCAUUACAACUUAAAAUUCAAGAGAACGAGUCAUUGGUCAAUGAUCUUGCAUUAGCAACUCAAAAAUGUGAACAGCUUGAGGUUGAAACAACACGAUUAAAUGAAGAAUUAAAAAAUAUAAAACAAACAAAAAAAAGUGUUGAAGAAAAAUUAUCUCUUAAAGUUUCAAAAUUAGAAGAACAAAUAAAAAUUUUAAAUAAUGAAAAUACAAAUAAUAGAAUACAACUAAAUCUAAAACAAAUAGAAUUAGAUGAUGUUAUUGAACAAUCAAAAGCAAGUAAAACUGACUUGAAAAAAUUGUUUGAUUUAUCAAAAAUCAAAGCUGAAGCUAUUCAAGUAGCUGAAGAACGAGAUGAGCUCAAGAUAAAAUUGAGUGAAAUUGAGGGAGCUCAUCAAUCACUCGAAGAACACAUGAAAAUUAUAAAAGAAGAAGUUGUAUCACUUGGUGAACAAUGUAAAUUAGCUGAAAAAGAAAAAAAAGAUGCUGAAACAAAGCUAGAAGUUUUAUCAAAAUUCUUUAAAGAAAAAGAAGCUGAAAGACAAAAAGAAGAAGCAUUGUGGCUCAAUAAACAGGGAGAAGUUUCAAGUACAAUUGAUAGAUUACAUACACUCCAAAAUGAAGUUCAAAUUUAUAAACAACAAAUUGAAACACUUAAGCAUGAAAUUAUUGAUCAAGAAAAAGAAUAUAAACUUCAAAUAACAAAUCUUGAAGCAAAAUCACAUGAGCAAUGGGUUAUUGCUCGUCAAAAUGAGCGUCGAUUGGAAGAAUCAAAAGCUGAAUCAGCUCAAUUACGUAAUCGUUUAACAAUGAUGGAAAGAAAUAUUAAUGAUACUGAUUCUGACAUUAAAGUACAUCGCAUGGAAACAAAUGGAGAUACAACAUAUAUGGGGGCUGAUACAUCAAGUUCCCCAAUAAUGUUUUCGGGUCCAGGAAAUAUACCACCACCUCCUUUUCCUUCAUAUUUUAUGGGUCCACCAUUACCACCAUUUAUGCCACCACUUCCUGGUAUGCCACUAUUUGAUGUUGGUCAACGACCACCACCACUUGGUGGACGUUUAUCAUCACCACCUCCAAUGCCACAUCCUUCAUCAGGAAGAUAUGAUAAUCAUGGUACUCCACCACCUCCAUUAUCACCAUCAUCAAAUGAUUUUAUGCCUUUACCACCACCAUCAUCAUCAUCAUUUCAUAAAAAUAUACAUCAUUCAUUUGGUAAUGAUAGAAAUCAACCUCCACAUUUACCUGGUCCACCAUGGGGUGAUGAUUUAUUACCACCACUUCCUCAUCCACCUCGCAACAACAGUGGUUUCCAUCCUUUCCAUCGGGAUCAACGUAAUCGUGAUCAUAGAGAUUCCCUACACUCAUCUGGUGAGUCCCUUGAUAAAUCCCAUCGCAGUUCAAAUGUUUAGAACUUGCUAUUAUGACAAGUCUUGUAUUUAUAUAAUGAUGAAAAAAAAAAUUUUAAAACUAUAUUACAGACAAUGUAAAAAUUCCAAUGUACAGUGAAUUUUGUUUUUUUUGUUAUUAUUUUUUCUUUUUUAAUCAUGAAAAGUCAUGAUUAUGUUUAUGUUGGUUUGGUUCUAUAUAAAUUGUGUUUUGUGAAAUUGUACAUUUAAUUAUUUAGUGAAUUAUUUCAAUUGAAAAGAAACAAAAAUUAAAUUUGCGAAUGAAUGUAAAA